GCUUAUCCAUUGCAAUGCACUUCACCAAUCAGAACAUGGCAACGGUUCGUUUUGCGCGCCCAAUUUCACUUUUCUAGUUCCUCGCAAUUCUUGCCGCCGCUCCUCUGCGUCCGCCUCCGCCUCUGCCGCCCUCAGUUUUCUGUAACAGGCAGAGUCUGUGAUUUCUCAUUUGCAGUUUGAUUCUUGAUCCGAUCCUCUGUUUGGAUGUUGAGGUUAUUGGAAUGAAUUGGAGACUGUGAUCCAUUGGCGAUUGUGUUGCUUACUCGAAUUAAAGUUCGUGUGGUCAAUUAGUGAACAGAGAAUCAGAUUUAGAUUUGGGAAAUGUUUUGUGAAGUGGAACUAGUGAGAGAUGUGAAAGUGGUGGCUGAAAAGGCAGAUAGAGAUGGUCUCAACUUCCAGAGGUACAUUAUGGCACGUCUAUUAGAGAACUUAUUGAAGGAGAGGGCCAGCAAAGACCAUGGCUAUUUUAUUGCUGUUACUAGCUUGAAGAGCAUAGGCAAGGGACAGUGCAAGAAUAAAUCUCAGUAUGUUACAUUCCCCAUUACCUUUGGCUGCCGAACCUUUGUGCCUUCAGGGGGAGAAAUCUUGCUUGGAGUUGUUCGUCACGUAUUUCGUCGCGGAUUGCUCCUAAAAUGUGGACCGAUCAACUACGUGUUUCUUUCAUCUCGUAAAAUGCCAACCUACCAUUAUGUUGGUGGUAAGAAUCCUGUGUUCUCAAGCAACGAAUUCGCCACGAUUCGAACCGAGAGCGCUGUACGGUUCAAUGUGCUUGGUGUGAGAUGGAUAGAAAAAAGAGGAUGCAUCAAAAAGGAGUUUGUGAUGCUUGCUAGCUUAGAAGGUAGCAACACACUUGGACCCAUUUCAUUGUCGGAAGCCGAUGAGUUAGGCUUGCAAACUUAGAACAACACACAAAUUUGGACGUCCGAGGGCAGGAUGCAUUGAAUCUUAUUAGUUGGAGAUGCUAGACAGUACUGUUCAAUCCAAAUAUAUCCCAUAUCAACUAAUCAAGCUUUUGGUAUUGAAGAUCCAAACAGAUGAUGCCAUAUUUCCAUAUUUCCAAUCACUGCUUUGGAUGUCUAUGUCUUACUAUCUAACCCAGUUCCAGUUGUUGCUGUUGUUUUCGUCGAACUCGAAUCAGAUUCGUUGUAAUUCGUUGUAAUCGACCUAUGAAAUAAGAACUUAUUGUUCAUCUCUACCUUUUAGAAAUUGAUGUAUUGUAAAAAAAUUAAAUCUUUUUACAGCUUAUUUGACAAUUAAAAUAGUUGUUUCUAUUUA